AUCAAAGAUAAAUAUUUCUUGUUUUCCUCCAGGUUACAAGAGUAUUCCGUGGAGACAGCCAUAGCCAUAAUUGCUGAUGGAAGUGCCAUCUUAAAGAUCAACACCCAGCACCUGAGGGACCUUAGUUUUCGAGUUGGGUCCAUCUAUCAGUUUAUUGGUGAACUCCAUAUUCAGCUUGACAAUGAGGCAAUCUUGCGGGCACGGGUAGGUAGGAAUGUUGAUGGCCUUGACCUGAACCUGUAUCAUCAGUCUUUGCAGCUACUGAGACACUUUCAAGCGAUCACAUGAGCGGUACAACAACUUAAUGCAGUUAUAAUAUUGAAAAGGCUCACUCACAGGGAAAGGUACCAAAGUAACUUCGUACCUACAUGUAGACCUGUUGAAAACGGAUGAUUUUUUUUUUUUUUUUUAAUUCUUUCAGUACUUAACUGUUGGAUCUGUACUUCGAAUACUUAAUUCAUGGUUGAUAUCUAUUAAAUGUCCAUCAAAAUAUACGCUGUUAUAAUUUCUGAUUUCCUCUGGAGCAUAGAAACUGGGUAAUCUGUUCAUUUAUGACAGAUUCCCACCUUUAAGAUUGAA